AAGUUUAGUACUUGGAGGAAAGUUUGCGGAACAUGAGCUCGUUUCUUUUUUUGGAUUAUGAUCAAUUUAUGAUCGUCCUCAACACCCUGGUGUAUGUACUGUGUAGCUGUAUCCCAUCUGUUUGUGUUUAUUACUGACUGAAAAGUUUCUCAUUUUCAUUUUUCUUUUGGAUUUUGUUUUACUCUGUUCUCAAAUAUUUUAUAUUUUACUUUGAAAGCGUGACUUUUGAUGGUCCUCUUUGAAGAUGGUGAUCACGAAGUGAUGAGUUCUUUGAAUCUACCCACUGUUCACGUUUAACGGAUAACUGUAUUUUUCAUUGCUUCACCUUAUUAGCUUUUUUGCCUUGCAGAAAGCAUACCCCUCCUCUCCUCUUAUUUUCUUUCACUCUGCUUUCCUCUCUUUUUGAACUUGCUCUAGGGUAAACGGUGUCUCCGGCUGGCUUCUGUGAUUCAUGGUGUGGCUCCGAUUUUGGGUGUUUUUGCUCUCUCUAAGUUCCAACCCAAAUGGGUUUUGGAGAAAACCCUUCACAAGGAUUUGGGGUUUGGCAUCCAAGCCAAGGCGGUAUCCAGUCGUAGCUUGAGAGGAACUGAUGGAUGAACAGCAGUCAUUGUGGAUAUUGGAUUUUGCGACUUCUAAGGCACUGCCAUAAUUGCCAUAUGAAUAUGGGAAGGAAUCCUUUCCCUUCGAGAGGGAGGAGAGUUAGAGGAGUGGCAUGCCUUCUCCUAGUACUCAAUGGAUGUUCCAAGUCUGAUCUAGAAUUUGGAGGAGACGAGAGAUGGAGAUUUAAAGAAGACUUCAAGAGAGACAGUUUUCUGUUGUUCAUGACAUACCCUUCAAUUACAUUCUCUUUCUAUAUAUACCCCUAGAAUGUACGACUGCAUUAAGCCUAAACUAGCAUGGUAUGAUGCACUUAAUCCUACUAUAUUAUAUAAAAGGCCUGUAUUGUAAGAUACCAAUAUGAUUUUCAGCAAAUGUGUAUGCCUGCAGAAAUUUUGCCUGGACUGAUAUGUUAGCUGAGGAGCUGAACUUUAAGACGUCGUGGUGAUCAAGAUGAUUGAUUAAAGGGUCUUGGUACUUUUUGCAAUAUGUAGCAGUGGUUAAGUAAUCUCCGAAGUCCUCCUUUGAACGUUGCUAACAUCAAGCAUAGAGUGAGAUAAAUAUAGGCUUCUGUUCAUUUUUUUGGGGGAGAAAAAAAAAAGAAGGCCGUUCAGUACAUACUGUGAUAUUUGACUAAAUAAUCAAGAAAAUAUAGGAGAAUUUUUAAUGUUUGAUUGAAAUUGCAGUAAUAGUUAUGUGUUUGAAAACGGAUUGAAAUCAUUUUGUAGAGGGAAAGGAUUCAGUUGAAGCCAGCCAAAUGAUGUUCUUGGUACUUCAUAAUCCUUGAAUUUAACGUAGAAUCAAGAUUUUGAAAAUUU